AUGUAUUGCCAUAUAGCGCCAUGUAUUACCAUAUAUUACCAUGUAUCGCCAUGUAUUACCAUGUAUUGCCAUGUAUUACCAUGUAUUGCGAUCUACUGCCAUAUAUCGCUAUAUAUUACCAUGUGCUGCCAUGUAUUGCCAUGUAUUACCAUGUAUUGCGGUGUAUUGCCAUGUAUCGCAAUGUAUUACCAUGUUUUGCCACAUAUCGGAAUGUAUUAUCAUGUAUUGCCAUGUAUUUCCAUGUACUGCCAUGUAUUACCAUGUCUCACCACGUAUUACUAUGUAUUACCAUGUAUUGCCAUGUAUUGCCAUGUAUUACCAUGUAUUACCAUGUAUCACCAUGUAUUGCCAUGUAUUACCAUGUAUUGCCAUGUAUAGCUAUGUAUAGCCAUGUAAUGCUAUGUAUAGCUAUGUAUUGUCAUGUAUUAUUAUGUAUUACCAUGUAUUUCCAUGUAUAGCCAUGUAUUACUAUGUAUUGCCAUGUAUUACCAUCUAUUACCAUGUAUAGCCAUGUAUUGCCAUGUAUUACUAUGUAUAGCCAUGUAUUACCAUGUAUAGCCAUGUAUUGCAAUGUAUAGCCAUGUAUUGCCGUGUAUUACCAUGUAUUGCCAUGUACUGUCAAGUAUAGUCAUUUAUCGCCAUAUAUUACUAUGUGCUACCAUAUAUCUCUUUGUAUUACCAUGUAUUGCCAUGUAUUGCCAUGUAUAGCCAUGUAUUGCCAUGUAUUGCCAUGUAUAGCCAUGUAUUGCCAUGUACUGCCAUGUAUAGCCAUGUGUUACUAUGUAUUGCCAUGUAUUGCCAUGUAUUGCCGUGUAUUGCCGUGUAUAGCCAUGUAUUACCAUGUACUGCCAUGUAUAGCCAUGUAUUGCCAUGUAUUUCCAUGUAUAGACUUGUAUUGCCAUGUAUUACCAUGCAUCGCCAUGUAUCACCAUGUAUAGCCACGUAUUGCCAUAUAUAGCCAUGUAUUACCAUGUACUGCCGUGAAUAGCCAUGUAUUGACAUGUAUUCCCAUGUAUUACUAUGUAUUACCAUGUAUCGCCAUUUAUUACCAUGUAUAGCCAUGGAUUACCAGGUAUUAGCAUGUAUUGCCAUGUAUUACCAUGUAUAGCCUUGUAUUGCCAUGUAUUACCAUGUAUCGUCAUGUAUUACCAUGUAUAGCCACGUAUUGCCAUGUAUAGCCAUGUAUUACCGUGUACUGCCAUGUAUAGCCAUGUAUUGCCAUGUGUUACCAUAUAUUACCAUGUAUUGCGAUGUAUUACCAUGUAUAGCCAUGUAUUGCCAUGUAUCGACAUGUAUUACCAUGUGCUGCCAGGUAUCGCCAUGAAUUACCAUGUAUUGCCAUGUAUUACCAAGCAUAGCCAUGUAUUGCCAUGUAUCACCAUGUAUUACUAUGUAUUACCAUGUAUCGCCAUGUAUUACCAUGUAUCGCCAUGUAUAGCCAUGUAUACCCAUGUAUACCCAUGUAAUGCCAUGUAUUGCCAUGUAUUACCAUGUAUAGCCACGUAUAACCAUGUAUACUCAUGUAAUGCCAUGUAUUGUCAUGUAUUACCAUGUAUAGGUAUGUAUACCCAUGUUAUGCCAUGUAUUGCCAUGUAUUACCAUGUAUAGCCAUGUAUUCCCAUGUAAUGCCAUGUAUUACCAUGUAUUGCGAUGUAUUGGUAUGUAUCGUCAUGUAUUACCAUGUGCUGCCAUUUAUUGCCAUGUAUUACCAUGUUUUGCCAUGUAUUGCCAUUUAUCGCCACGUAUUACCAAGUGCUGCCAUGUAUCGGUAUGUAUUACCGUGUAUUGCCAUGUAUUACCAUGUAUUAUUACGUGUCACCAUGUAUUGCCAUGUAAGCAGUAAUACUAGUCUGUUUAGACACCAUUGUUAUGCAAAUGAGGUUCGUCGCCAUACAAACCCUUCUAAAUUUUGGAAUGAUGAAGGUCAACAGCGGACACCAUAGCGGACACCCUAAUCGCAAUCCGUUACUAUGACAGCGAAGGGAAUGAUGAUGACAUAGGAGAAGGUGGAGAACCAAUUCUGGGCGAAUUGCCUUACCCUAAUAAGUCGAGUGCAGUGCCUAGGGUUAAAUCAGUCUAGUGCAGUGCUUAGGGUUAAAUCAGUCGAGCGCAGUUCUUAGGGUUAAAUCAGUCGAGUGCAGUCCUUAGGGUUAAAUCAGUCGAGCGCAGUGCUUAGGGUUAAAUCAGUCGAGUGCAGUGCUUAGGGCAAACUCAGUCGAGUGCAGUGCUUAGGGCUAAAUCAGUCGAGUGCAGUGCUUAGGGCUAACUCAGUCGAGUGCAGUGCUUAGGGUUAAAUCAGUCGAGCGCAGUGCUUAGGGUUAAAUCAGUCGAGUGUUCUCCCUGUUUUGUCGUGUUUUUCUAGGUUUUCCCCUGAUUCUUCCUGUUUUCCCAUGUUUUUCUAUGUUUUCCUCUGAUUCUUCCUGCUUUCCUGUGUUUUCUAUGUUUUCCACUGUUUUCCCGUGUUUUGCUACAUUUUCUCCUGUUUUCCCAUGUUUUUCUAUGUUUUUCCUUGAUUCUCCCUGUUUUUCCGUGUUUUUCUAUGUUUUCCUCUGACUCUCCCUGUGUUCCUGUGUUUUUGGUAGGUACCUUAAGUAGGGUUAUUAAAGUGUAUCAAGAAAUAAAUAAAAAUAGCCAUGUAAUGCCAUGUAUAGCCAUAUAAUGUCAUGUAUAGCCAUGUCAUGCCAUGUAUAGCCAUGUAAUGUCAUGUAUAGCCAUGUAUUACCAUGUAUAGCCAUGUAUAGCCAUGUAUUACCAUGUAUACUCAUGUAUCUCCACGUACACCCAUGUAUAGCCAUGUAUUGACAUGUAUAGCCAUCUAUAGCCAUGCAAUGCCAUGUAAAGCCAUGUAUAGCCAUGUAUAGCCAUGUAUUACUAUGUAUUACCAUGUAUCGCCAUCUAUUACCAUGAAUACCAAUGUAUAGCCAUGUAUACCCAUGUAUAGCCAUGUAUUACCAUGUAUAGCCAGGUAUCGCCAUGUAUUACCAUGAAUACCCAUAUAUAGCCAUGUAUACCCAUGUAUAGCCAUGUAUUACCAUGUAUACCCAUGUAUCGCCAUGUACACCCAUGUAUAGCCAUGUAUUGACAUGUAUAGCCAUGUAUAGCCAUGUAAUGCCAUGUAAAGCCAUGUAUAGCCAUGUAUAGCCAUGUAUUACUAUGUAUUACCAUGUAUCGCCAUCUAUUACAAUGUAUAGCCAUGUAUUACCAUGUAAAGCCAUGUAUAGCCAUGUAUAGCCAUGUAUUACCAUGUAUUGCCAUGUAUAGCCAUGUAUUACUAUGUGUUGCCAUGUAUUACCAUGUAGAGCCAUGUAUAGCCAUGUAUUACCAUGUAUUACUAUGUAUCACCAUGUAUCGCCAUGUAUUACCAUGUAUAGCCAUGUAUAGCCACGUAUACCCAUGUAAUGCCAUAUAUUACCAUGUAUAGCCAUGUAUAGCCAUGAAUUACUAUGUAUUGCCAUGUAUAGCCAUGUAUUACCAUGUAUACCCAUGUAUAGCCAUGUAUUACCAUGUAUUACUAUGUAUUACCAUGUAACGCCAUGUAUUACCAUGUAUAGCGAUGUAUUGCCAUAUAGCGCCAUGUAUUACCAUAUAUUACCAUGUAUCGCCAUGUAUUACCAUGUAUUGCCAUGUAUUACCAUGUAUUGCGAUCUACUGCCAUAUAUCGCUAUAUAUUACCAUGUGCUGCCAUGUAUUGCCAUGUAUUACCAUGUAUUGCGGUGUAUUGCCAUGUAUCGCAAUGAAUUACCAUGUUUUGCCACAUAUCGGAAUGUAUUAUCAUGUAUUGCCAUGUAUUUCCAUGUACUGCCAUGUAUUACCAUGUCUCACCACGUAUUACUAUGUAUUACCAUGUAUUGCCAUGUAUUGCCAUGUAUUACCAUGUAUUACCAUGUAUCACCAUGUAUUGCCAUGUAUUACCAUGUAUUGCCAUGUAUAGCUAUGUAUAGCCAUGUAAUGCUAUGUAUAGCUAUGUAUUGUCAUGUAUUAUUAUGUAUUACCAUGUAUUUCCAUGUAUAGCCAUGUAUUACUAUGUAUUGCCAUGUAUUACCAUCUAUUACCAUGUAUAGCCAUGUAUUGCCAUGUAUUACUAUGUAUAGCCAUGUAUUACCAUGUAUAGCCAUGUAUUGCAAUGUAUAGCCAUGUAUUGCCGUGUAUUACCAUGUAUUGCCAUGUACUGUCAAGUAUAGUCAUUUAUCGCCAUAUAUUACUAUGUGCUACCAUAUAUCUCUUUGUAUUAUCAUGUAUUGCCAUGUAUUGCCAUGUAUAGCCAUGUAUUGCCAUGUAUUGCCAUGUAUAGCCAUGUAUUGCCAUGUACUGCCAUGUAUAGCCAUGUGUUACUAUGUAUUGCCAUGUAUUGCCAUGUAUUGCCGUGUAUUGCCGUGUAUAGCCAUGUAUUACCAUGUACUGCCAUGUAUAGCCAUGUAUUGCCAUGUAUUUCCAUGUAUAGACUUGUAUUGCCAUGUAUUACCAUGCAUCGCCAUGUAUCACCAUGUAUAGCCACGUAUUGCCAUAUAUAGCCAUGUAUUACCAUGUACUGCCGUGAAUAGCCAUGUAUUGACAUGUAUUCCCAUGUAUUACUAUGUAUUACCAUGUAUCGCCAUUUAUUACCAUGUAUAGCCAUGGAUUACCAGGUAUUAGCAUGUAUUGCCAUGUAUUACCAUGUAUAGCCUUGUAUUGCCAUGUAUUACCAUGUAUCGUCAUGUAUUACCAUGUAUAGCCACGUAUUGCCAUGUAUAGCCAUGUAUUACCGUGUACUGCCAUGUAUAGCCAUGUAUUGCCAUGUGUUACCAUAUAUUACCAUGUAUUGCGAUGUAUUACCAUGUAUAGCCAUGUAUUGCCAUGUAUCGACAUGUAUUACCAUGUGCUGCCAGGUAUCGCCAUGAAUUACCAUGUAUUGCCAUGUAUUACCAAGCAUAGCCAUGUAUUGCCAUGUAUCACCAUGUAUUACUAUGUAUUACCAUGUAUCGCCAUGUAUUACCAUGUAUCGCCAUGUAUAGCCAUGUAUACCCAUGUAUACCCAUGUAAUGCCAUGUAUUGCCAUGUAUUACCAUGUAUAGCCACGUAUAACCAUGUAUACUCAUGUAAUGCCAUGUAUUGU